ACCCAAGUACGAGAUUAUCAGAUGUGUACUCUGUACUGUGGACGAAGAAAAAGUUCUAUAGGUGGCAACCCUGAUCAAAAUUCUUAUUUUGUCUUUUCAGUUGACGUUUUUCUCACAGUGGUAAAGUGAGAAAACUAACCAAAAAUGGGGAAGGGAAAUAAUAUGGUGCCUAAUGGCCAUUUCCAUAAGGAUUGGCAAAGAUUCGUGAAAACUUGGUUUAACCAACCAGCCAGAAGACACCGUAGAAAGCAAAAUCGUAUCAAGAAGGCUAAAGCCAUUGCCCCACGUCCCGCUGCUGGUCCUCUCAGACCGGUUGUCAGAUGCCCUACUAUUCGUUAUCACACAAAAGUGCGUGCUGGCCGAGGAUUUACCCUCAGAGAAAUCAGAGCAUCUGGCUUGAACCCAGCUUUUGCCAGAACAAUUGGUAUUGCUGUGGAUCCACGUCGUCGUAACAAGUCUGUUGAAUCAUUACAGAUCAAUGUACAGAGGUUAAAGGAGUACCGUGCUCGCCUUAUUUUGUUCCCUAAGGGCAAGAAGGUUCUUAAGGGUGAAGCAAAUGAAGAAGAACGUAAAUUAGCUAAGCAACUGCGUGGCCCUCUUAUGCCAGUACAACAAUCUGCUCCCAAGUCGGUGGCUAGAGCUAUCACAGAAGAAGAGAAAGACUUCAAGGCUUACCAAUACUUGAGAGGAGCCCGUUCUAUAGCCAAGCUGGUUGGAAUUCGUGCAAAGAGAUUGAAGGAUGCUGCAGAGAACCCUGAUGAUGUUACUAAGGCCCCAACUGCUGCUAAGGAACCUAAGAGUAAAAAGUGAAUAAAAUAAUACAGAUUUUAUCAAAAUUGA